UUUGCGUAGUUUUUAUAUUUCAAAGUCAAUCAGUUAUUAACAGAUGCUGGUCUUUGUUUAGGCAUUUGGAUAAAGUGGUUGUUGUACGAGUCUACAUGAUUAUAACGGUUGUAACAUUUGCUGUUUGUCCCCUUGUUGUUCCACCAUUCACACAUAAUUUUUUCUUACCAUAUCUUGCAAUACUUUGUUCUUCAGAGAUUUUGUACCUAUUUAUUUCCAUCAAUUAGGUUGAAAAGUACAGUGUAUUUCGUCUCACUGUAGAUGUGAGUGACAUUUCGGUGCUUACCUUUUGGCAUGAAUUUUUGCCAUGUGACUUUAGUCAUCACAAGCCCACGAGCAGUUACACUUGAACUUGAUUAUGUAAGUUGAACAUCAAUAGUUUUCUAUUUUAUUAUUAAGUGUUCAUAAACGUAGACAACAAUUUCCUGAGAUGGAAUAAUGGACGUCGGAUAAGCGGCAUAGACAACGGAUGGAUGCAUGGAUGGAAUAAUGAUGUAUCAAAUCUUCAGCCAUUUUACUAUACCUUAGUUUCAUUGUACUUCUUUGUAGUUGUUAAAGUAGCCAAUGGUUGUCUUAUAUUAAGGCCGAUCUCCUGAGUAAAGCAGCUAUCAUCGCCACUGUCAUCUUCAACCAGCAGCAUUUGGUCAUCUCCAUCUGUCCCUCUUCCUCUCUAUGCUCUCUCAAACAUGCACAGGCACGUGCACGUGCGCGGGAACACACACACACACACACACACACACACAUCCCUGUCUGCUGUCUUGCUGUCUGACUGCAGAGAUGAAAUCUCUGUCCUUGGUGCUGAAUUGUUAAACUGUGUCUUGGUUUAGUUCAUAUUCCUGUUCAGGGUUGUUGUAAAAUAUACUUUUCAGUAUCCGUCAUUAUUAAAGUCACUCCAGGCGAGGCCCUCACCUGACUUUAUAGUUGUGGCGUCAUCCGAAUGACGCAGCCAUGUCUUUUAUCCUUAAAACCUUUCCGUCUAAGUUUAGAUUCAAUAGAGUAGAAUAGAGUAGAAUAUGGAAAAUAGUGAAGACUUUUUGUGCUGCGUCUUCAUCUUGUAAUUGUCCACUCGGCCUCGCGGUGACGCUCUUAUAAUAUUUGACUCGUGGAUGGCGUGUGCCGCCGUAUCUGUGUCAGUGAAACUAGAGCAUUGGGUAAGAGCUGAAGGCUGUGUGUGUGUCUGUGUGUGCCUCUUUGUGUAAUGAGGCACAGAAAAAAUGUUGUGUGUGUGUGUGUGUAUGGGAUUGAGGCAGAGAGAAAAAAAAUGUGUGUGUGGGUGUUUGUGUGGAGAGAAAGAGGGAGCAAGAGAGAGAGAGAUGAAAUGGGAAUAGAGGAAUCCAAGCUGACAGCUUCCCUAAUAGAGCAUGAGUAACUCGGCUGGAGAAGCAGGGAACCGUUGGAUUGCAGCAGAAUUUUCAGUUCGUCAUUUUCACGUGCGUGGUUAGGAUUUAGCGUGUUUUUCUGCAGUUUAUAGCUAUCAGAGAGAACCUCUCAGAAUGGACGGGCGAAUUAACUUCCAACAUUGGAUGCAUUUCGUCCUUUUUUCCUUGAUCUUCGCUGUGUCGUCUGGAGAGGUCCGUUAUGUUCUUCCAGAGGAGAUGCAGACUGGUUCUAUAAUUGGGAACAUUGCGCAGGAUCUGCGUUUGGAAGUGAAAGAGCUCCGUGAUCGUCGUGCCCGUGUUGUCGCAGAUGGAACCAGUCAGCUUUGUGAACUGGACCCGGCAUCAGGCAAUCUUUUGAUCAGCCAACGGAUUGACAGAGAGGAGCUCUGCAGCGCUCAAGGCAGCGGGUGCACCAUCCAACAUCAGAUUUUACUGGAGGACCCCCUGCAAGCAUUUAGUCUGCUUUUAGACAUCGCCGACAUUAAUGACAAUACUCCAGUAUUUGCUGCAGGGGAGAUCAGCCUCGAUUUAGUCGAGUCCACAGUCCUGGGGAGACGUUUUCCACUGGAGAGUGCACAUGACCCUGAUUUGGGGACAAACUCUAUCAGUGAAUAUAAAUUGAGCCCAAACGAUCAUUUCGGUCUGGAAAUAGGAACUCAAAUAAAUGGCAAUGCAUAUCCCGAACUUGUUCUAAAAAAGGCAUUGGAUCGAGAGACACAAUCUGAACAUGUACUGAAAAUCAAUGGAAUUGAUGGCGGAAACCCAGCCAGAACUGGAACUGCCUUUAUCCGUAUUCGGGUUUUGGAUGUCAAUGAUAAUGUCCCGGUUUUUAACCAGCAGGUUUACAGAACAGUGGUACCCGAGAACUCGGUCACAGGGACUUUAAUAGCACAACUUAAUGCUACAGACUUGGAUGACGGUUUAUAUGGGGAGAUAACGUACUCUUUUAGUCACCUCUCAGACAAGACCAGAGGUGUUGUUCACAUUGACCCUCUGAGUGGGGAAGUCCGGGUGGCAGGUGUCAUUGACUAUGAGGAAGCUAGUACGCAUGAGCUGGACGUCCAAGCUAAAGAUGGCGGCGGUCAGGCCUCUCAUUGUAAACUUAUCAUUGAUGUCGCCGAUGUAAAUGACAACAAACCUGUUAUCGAAAUAAAGUCAGCAUCCGCUAAUGUGGCCGAAGACUCCAAACCUGGAAUGAUGGUGGCCCUGAUCAACAUUUACGACAUGGACACCGGAAACAGCGGACACGUCACAUGUUCGAUUCCUGACAAUGUCCCGUUUCAAAUAGUGUCAGAAGUGAAAAACUACUACAUGUUAGUGACAGACGGGACGCUAGAUAGAGAGGUUCAGUCAGAGUAUAACAUCACCGUGACUGCCACUGAUUCAGGCAUCCCGCCACUUGAGAGCAGUAAAAUUUUAACAAUCAUAGUUAAUGACAUAAAUGACAACCCUCCAACUUUUACACAGAACGAGUACACUGCCAAUCUAUUGGAAAACCAACCCAUUGGCGCAUUUGUAAUGAAAGUAUCAGCAGUAGACAUGGACGAUGCAUCUAAUGCUAAAUUACUGUAUCAAAUAUCGAAGGAUACCAACUCUGAAGUUUCCUCCUUCCUCACCAUUAACACCGAAACAGGCGAGCUUUUCACAUCGAGGCUCUUCGAUUACGAGCAAUCGGUUUACUUCCAAAUCAAAGUCGAGGCUCGAGACGGGGGAGACCCCCAACUCACCGCCACCUGCACUGUUAAUGUUUUUAUUAAGGACCAAAAUGAUAACGCUCCAGUUAUUCUAUAUCCUGUCCAAGCCUUCAUUGUUGAAGACAUGGUGCCCCUCGAAGCCCCGAGAGGUUACUUAGUGACCAAAGUGGUGGCUGUGGAUGCUGACUCGGGGCAUAAUGCGUGGCUCUCGUACAGAAUAAUCAAAGAAACUCAACCCGGUCUCUUCGCGGUGGGUUUGCACACCGGUGAAAUCAGAACCAUGCGAGCGUUCAUGGAAGAUGAUGACCCAAAGCAAACAGUUGUUAUCGUGGUAACAGAUAAUGGACACGAUUCCCUCUCAGCCACAGCUACAGUUAGCAUCGCUAUUGGUGAGGGGUUGCCAGUCGUUCAAGAACUAUUUGACCUGCCAGACGAAUCUCAGGGCAGCGAUUCUUUGAGGCUGUAUUUGGUCAUCGCCCUGUUUACCAUUUCUACUCUGUUAAUCAUUUUAAUCAUGGCAGUCUUUUACGUCAAGCUUUGUCGACGUGGUUACGUCUACCGUUCAAGUACUGCCAAUCUCCCAGUUUUCCCCACCACUUACUACCCGCAGAGUUUUACAGAUUUUAGCCACUGUGGCACAUUGCUACAAGAUGACAGGUUUGAUCCCUUUCUGACCACCGGCUCGUGGAGAGGCGACUUUCGUUUCGGUUCAAAUACGGACACUGACACGCUAAAGAAAAGGAGCGCGGCGUAUCAGAAGAACACACUUAGGCGCACCAGUGCAGAUAGAUCUACUUUAAAGAUUCGGGCGGGUCCCCAACAUCCUUGUUAUGUGGUCACUUGAAGUCCUGCACAUGAAAAAAAAGUACACUCACUGGACCUUUCACUGAGUACACUUACCUUCUGGUAUUAGGUAUCCCGAUUUUAUGUUAUGGUUAUGCCUGUUUUGUAACAGUGUUGAUUAUGAUUGCAUUCCCAUGUUAUUAAUAUUGUUUUCAUACAGCUCCUGAAUUGACUCAGGAGAUUGUCAUGUGUGUUGGCCGGUGAAUGCAUGUUGGAAUCACCAACUGUAACGAUUUAGGAAACGAUAUCAUGUGUUUAAAAAUAUAAACAUGUGACUUGAUGUUCUGUUUCUAUGCAUGAAAUGGUUAUCUUUAUAACUCCAUAGCGUAAUGUCGCAAUCCUGACCUUAUACUGAUGACGUCACCUCAAAAAUAACUUUUCAGAUCAUCACUGUCAUAUAGUACGUGUGAUAACAAAGGCUUUGGGGAUGAUUAUUAUUCUAUUAUUGUUUUAACAUUAGCCAAACUUUGUUGUCGUUCCAUUGCUGUAUGUCAAGAAGAAGCAUUUUCUGUUUCAGUCUUUUUUCAAUAUUUACUUAUGUUGUCUCAUUUAUUAUGAACAAAAAGCAUAUUAGUGAUUUGUGCAUAGUGAUGUAGUAUUGUUUAGUAAACGUCACAUCACCAGCAUUUCCUACUUCCUUUUUUAAACCGGCAAACCAUAACAAUACUUACAUACUGUUGUCUUUCUUUUUCCUGCAUAUGUUGUAGCAAUUUGUUUUAUUUUCCUUAGCUUGUGCAGUAUUUUUGUCUUGGGACAAUUUUGUCUUGUAGCCACUGCCUUUUAAAUCAGUGACUAUCGAUAUUUCAGGUAUUAUCGAUCUUUGUGAUGUGAUGCUUUAACACUGUAUUUAUGGCAAUAGGAUGAUUUAACUAUAGUGAAUGCACUAUUAAAUAAAUGCUGAUUUUUUUAAAG